ACCUGUGUCACGUAGAUGUGAGCGAAUGUUAGGCUUUGCCACUUGGUUCAAAAAAUGAAUCGGUUUUUUUGUUUGACUGUUUUGUUUUCCUACUUAUACAGAUUUACAUUUUCUGCAAAUGAUAAUGCUAAAAUUGAUAACCUUGUCGCUCGUCAAUAUUUAUUCUCGAACUUUGUUGCGAACAACAGAGAAGCUUUGAAAAAAUCGGACGGUUCUGAUGAACGCUGGCUAUUUAAAUUUAUGAACGAAAAUUCUAUAAUUCCACCAACUUCAAACUCAAAAAGUGGCAGCCUAGCAGACUCUGGCCAGGCUGGUCUUGUUCUUGCUGAUGCUAUUGGAACAGCAAAAUGUGCAUCUGGUUGGACGAGAUGGACUGGAAAUGGAUGUUGCUAUAAGGAAAUGGCGUCUCCGAUGCUUUCGUGGUAUGCUUCAGAAGAUUGGUGUUAUAGUCAAAAAGCUGGAGCACAUUUAGCUUCAGUUCAUAGCAGGGCAGAAGCUGAGUGGCUAAAUUACCAAUAUAAACUUUGGUGGUCUAAAAUGGACGAUUGGAUCGGGUUGAGAAGAAACUGUGACAAUACAGCUUGGGCAUGGACCGAUGGCACUCCGGUGGAUUUCCUCUGGUGGCAACCGAAUUAUCCGAUUUAUGGCGGAAUAGAGGACAGUUGUACUGCUAUGUGGGACUCUACGGUUCUCCGUGGAAUGUAUGAUUUCUACCCAGGACAAAUGGAUGAUGGAAGAUCGUGCACGGGCAGUGUUGCAUGGGCGCUGUGCAAAUAUGAUCCAAAUACUUCAAUUAUUUCUCCAAAAUGGGUUAAGGCAGAUUGUACUACUACAUCGACGACUACUACGUCCACAACAACAACCACAACUCCAACGACUCCAACGACCACGACCACUACGCCAACAACAACUACAACGACUCCAACAACCACAACAACCACACCAACAACUACAACGGAAACCACCACAACGCCAACAACGGAAACUACCACCACUCCCACAACCACAACGCCGACAACUACGACAACGACUCCGACAACAACUACGACGGAAACCACUACAACUCCGACAACCACUACUACGGAAACCACUACAACUCCGACCACUACAACCACAACACCAACAACAACUACUACGGAAACUACAACAACAACACCAACGACGACGACAACCACUCCAACUACCACAACGACAACACCAACAACUACCACGACGACUCCUACAACAACAACUACUACACCAACUACCACUACGACGGCACCGACAACAACAACCACAACUCCAACGACUACCACUACGACUCCUACAACAACUACUACCGUACCAACAACUACAACAACAACUCCCACUACUACAACCACUACAACCACUACACCAACAACAACAACAACGACACCGACAACUACAACCACUCCAGCAACGACUACUAGCGAAACAACUACAACGACGCCAACUACUACAACUCAAACCACAACGAAGCCUACAACUACUACAACUACACCAACGACAACGCCCACUACGACAACAACUCCAACAACCACAACUACAACAGCAAAAACUACAAAGUCCACGACAACCACUACAAAAACUACAAAAACCACAUCUACCCCAACUACAACCACUACAACACCCAAAACUCCAUUCGACACGUCAAAGUGUACUGUCAUGUGCUCAACUGGUUGGGUGUAUUAUAAUAAUUUAUGUUAUGCGAAACUUCAAGGUCCUGGUAGACUCAAUGAUUUCAAUAAAGAAUGCAUCAGUUAUGGUGGAAAAAUUGCUGAGAUACCGGAUGCUCAAGUAAAUGAUGUGUUGAGAAAAUCAUUCGGAACAAAUAUCAAUGACGAAGAAGCGUGGGUAAUUUCUAGUGGGUACAACAACGUGGCAAGUGGAUAUACUGCUGCUGCUGAUUCAUGUAUUGCUAUGACUCUAUCUCAAAAAAUCAGUGGUUCAGUGGCGCAACGAGGAACUUGGAGACCUUAUGCAUGCUCACUUGCCAAGAAUUUUGGAAUUUGUCAGAAACCUAUUUGAAAUUUUUUGUAUUGAUCUAUAAAUUAUUAAUCUUACCUGUCAAUUUGUAUACAGUUCUACGCAAUGAUCGUGAACUUUACCGAAUUUGAACUUGGAACCCAAGUUUGGCAUUCAAACUGGUUUGAAUAGUUUAAAUCCGUUUAAUACAAACUUUGUCUUCUGUUAUGGGAUUUAUGAUCAAAUAAACACUUGUAAACCCAAA